CGUCACACAACCGGAAGCCGCUCGCUAUCGUUAGCAUUCGUUAGCUAACAUGCAUGCUGCGGUGAACUGACUGAGGGAUAACUCUAUGGUGCAGGAGCCUAAGCCCAGACUGCAUUGAGCUUUUCACUGAUUUAUUUGCGGUGUUUUAUUGAAGUUGGAGAAUCUCAGCGUCUGAUGAACAUGUGGAGCUCAGGCCGCCGUGUCCUUCACGAGCUGCUCAGUCAAACGGCUGUCAGGAGCUUCUCUCUGACUGCUACUCAGAACACGGUUGUGGUGGAGCGCUGGUGGCAGGUGCCCUUAUCUAAAGUAGGCAGUCCGCCGAGGCUUCACCCUCGAAGACACCGGAUCUACAAGUUGGUUGAAGACACCAAGCUUGCUCCCAAGGAGAAGAUGGAGCUCAUCCUGACUCAGACGGUACCCAAGCUUGGUGGGCGAGGAGACACUGUGUUUGUGAAAAAGUCCGUCGGAAGAAAUAAGCUGCUGCCCCAAAGCCUCGCAGUGUAUCCAUCGCCGGAGAACAAACAGAUGUUUGCCGAGGAGUUAAGACUUCUGCGUGAGGGGAAGCCAGAGGAAAGAAUCCAAACACGCACCGGACAGUUGACAGUGGAGCUCCUGAAACACUCCAAGUUGAAGAUAAACAAGAUGCCUUUGGAUGAAUUCCAGCUCAAUAAGGAGGUCGUCUGCAGACAGUUCCAGAAGAAGCUGGGAGUUGUGAUACCACCUCAUGCAUUGAGUCUCCCCUUUGAGUCAGUCAAGGACUUGGGCGACUACUGGUGUGAAGUUACGGUUAAUGGAAUGGACGUAGUUCGCGUCCCCAUUUCACUAGUGCCGUAUGAGGACCCGUCUGCUAGUUACCAGCAACAGUUGAAAACACAAAUGCUGCAGGCGGCUGCAGAUAGCUUAGGACCUGCUGAGGAGGAGGAGGGAGCUGCUGUGAAAGCAGUUGCUGCUGUGGAAGCUGAAGCAGAUAAAGACUCUGUGAGUCAAGUCAGUGGAGCUGCAGAAGAGGAAACGGCUGCGAGUACACAGACGAGUCAAGACACAACAGCACCACCAAGUGACGGCUCGAAAAAGGAUUAAUUAAAGGACUCCAAAUGAAGACGUGCAUAGAACUACAAUGGAGAUUGUUUACUUAUAAUACACAUUAUACAUGAAUCAAAACCGUUGUCUGCGUCAUUAUUAAUGCCAUUAGUUCAAUAAGUGGACUACUUUAUACUACACAUGAACCCUAAAUGAUCUUUUGUAAUGUUACCGUAUAUAACACCUGCAUCAUCGUGACAUCAAACCACCCAGUUACAUUCAGAGGAAUGGAGCCAGAAAAGGCAAAAUAUUUAUUCUUUCAAUUUUAACUGCACAACAUGCACAAAAGUAUAGGGUAAAGAAAAAAAAAAAGAAGACUUUUCCCAGCACUGGCAUCAAACAUGUCACUGAAUCAGUAGUAUGCUUUGUCAGUCUGUUCAUGAAACCUGCUGAGGUUAAUGUUUGGGUC